AUGGCGACGGAAAUGAUCGGAGGGCAGAGUGAUGAUGUCCACCAACCUCCAGCCCAUAUCCCCCCAGCCCCGAUGGAGGACUACGUCUUCCCCGAACUGCGCUUGAAGCGCAAGAUGGCCGACCCCGAGAAGACACCGCUGAUGCUAAUCGCGUGCGGCUCGUUUUCACCCAUCACCUACCUUCACCUGCGCAUGUUCGAGAUGGCCGCGGAUUAUGUCAAAUUCAGCACCGACUUUGAACUCCUCGGAGGAUAUCUCUCGCCAGUGUCUGAUGCAUACCGCAAGGCUGGCUUGGCCAGUGCCGAGCAUCGAGUCGCAAUGUGUCAAUUGGCAGUAGACCAAACAUCCGACUGGCUGAUGGUCGAUACGUGGGAGCCGAUGCAAAAGGAGUAUCAGCCCACCGCCGUGGUGCUGGACCACUUUGAUCACGAAAUCAACACCGUCCGGGGAGGCGUGGAUGCCGGAAAUGGAACCCGGAAGCCCGUACGGAUUGCUCUGCUGGCGGGCGCGGACCUGAUCCACACGAUGUCUACUCCUGGUGUUUGGAGCGAGAAGGAUCUCGACCACAUUCUGGGCAAAUAUGGGUCUUUCAUUGUGGAACGCAGCGGUACCGACAUCGAUGAGGCGCUGGCGAGCCUGCAGCCCUGGAAGGAUAAUAUCUAUGUGAUUCAGCAGCUCAUCCAAAACGACGUCAGUAGCACCAAGAUCCGGCUCUUCCUCCGGCGGGAGAUGAGCGUGCGCUACCUCAUCCCCGUGCCCGUCAUCCACUAUAUUGAGCAACACCAUCUGUACGAAGAUGACGGCACAGCGGAGAAGGGCAAGGAACGGCAGGACGCAGGGAAGUCGGGUUGA